AUGGACGGUCCACUCAAGGAACUCGCAAAGAUCGAGAAACUCGCAGACAGGGACGCGUCCGGAAAGCUCCCCGCCAUACAGACAUCCCUCGACGCCCUCCUCCACUCCCUCAACGACGCAAAGGACCGCAUACAGGCCAACAACGUCUCCCCCGAUACUUAUGCCCUCCUCGUCCAGUCCGUCGACGCCAGGAAGAAGGAUAUCGAUGACAAGCAGAAGGAGCUCUACAACGCCAUCGCAAAGCUAGGAAAGGCCCUUGACAAGAAAUUCCCCACUGCGCUCCCUUCCUAUGACCCCCUCUUCGCGUCGGACAACUCUCGCCACGCCCUCGAGCAUACCAUCGCCCUCCACUUCCUGCGCACUGGACAGUUUUCUACUGCAGAGACAUUCAUACAGGAAUGCGGCUUGGACAUAGCCCCUGAGCGCCGCUCCCACUUCCUUCAACUCCAUCAUAUCCUCACUGCCCUUCGCAACCAUGACAUCUCCUCCGCUCUCGAAUGGUGCAGCCAUAACCGUCCUUUCCUCCACGCCCGCUCAUCCCCCCUCGAGUUUCACCUCCACCGCUCUCAGUUCGUCCGACUUCUUCUCGCCAACCACCCACCAGACCCAGACAUCGCCCUCGGCUAUGCAAAAACGGCCAUGCAGGCCUUCUUUGUCGAGCACGCGUCCGAGUUCCAGCGCCUCAUGGGUGCCCUCCUCUACCUGCCCAUCGACCACCUCCAGCGCUCUCCGUAUGCGGACCUCGCCUCCCCCACUCUCCAUCUCGACCUUAUCCCCCUCUUUGCAAAAGAGUACUGCGCGAGUCUCGGUAUGAGCAGGCAGCUUCCCCUCAGCACCAUUGGCGACAUCGGCGGGGGUGGAGCUCUCGCCCGCAUCGAGAAAGCCAAGAGCGUCAUGCGCGAGCGCAAGAGCGAGUGGAGCCAGUCUAAUGAACUUCCGGUACGUUACAGUAUCGAGAUACCACUUCCACCAGAGAACAGAUACCACUCCAUCUUUGCUUGUCCAGUCUCCAAGGAACAAUCGACGGAAGCAAAUCCUCCAAUGAUGAUGGCUUGUGGGCACGUCAUCAGCAAGGAGUCGCUGGGCAAGUUAAACAAGUCGAGCGGACGAGUCAAGUGCCCGUAUUGUCCCAUGGAGUCAGCGCAUACCUCGGCCAUAAGAGUGCAUUUUUGA